CGGAUCUGGACCUCCGCGGAGGUAGGUGCUGGCCUUUUCGGAGCCGCUCCGGCGCGGUCCGGGGCCAGAAGACAAUGAACGGGACGCGCUCUUGGUGUGCUCUGGUGGACUUGCACUCCGAAGGGGAGAGCGAGGCAGUUGGGAAGUCCUACCCAAUGGUGUCUAGCAGAUCAGUUGGUCGUUCCCUGGCAUCAGAGCUGGUAGAGUCCAAUGAUGGGCACGAGGAAAUCAUCAAGGUUUACUUGAAGGGGAAAGCUGGUGACAAAGUCAUCCAUGAGAAGAAUAUCGAUCAGCUAAAAAGUGAGGUUCAGUACAUCCAAGAGGCUAGAAGCUGUUUGCAGAAGCUCCGGGAGGAUAUAAGCAGCAAGCUUGAGAGAGACUCAAGGGACUUUCCUCAGCAACAGGAGAUGCAGGUGCUGUUGGAAGAGCCAGAUGGCUUCAGGCAGUCUUCCGCUACUCUGUACAAGACCCCCUCUGAGACUCUGGUGCAAGGUUAUCAAAAUGAAGACUCCGAGAGCUUGAAGAAAACCAUCCAGGAUCUGCGUGAUAAGCUGCAGGAGGCCGAGAGGCAGCAGCGGUCAGACAAGGCGCAUUUCGAGGCCACGCUUAGCCAGUACCAGAGAGAGGCUGAGACGAGCAGUUCUGCCCUUCAGAGAGUGGAGAGCAGCUUGGAGCAGAAAGAUGCAGAAAUUCUCAAGCUUCAGAGGUGCAUGUUGGGGAUGGAGAAGGAGCAACAGAACUUACUGGAGAAGGUCAGGGAAGGGGAGACGGCCCUGGAAGAGCUUCGGACUCAGACUGCUGACUGCCUCGCAGAACAGGAAAAGGCUGCUCAGCUAGAGAAGGAAGUCGCUGCCCUUCGGGAGAAGAUCCAUCACCUGGAUGACAUGCUGAAGAGCCAGCAGCGGAAAGUCAGGCAAAUGAUAGAGCAGCUUCAGAAUUCUAAAACCGUGAUUCAGUCAAAGGACACAACCAUCCAAGAGCUCAAAGAGAAGGUUGCCUACUUGGAGGCUGAGAAUUUAGAGAUGCAUGACCGAAUGGAGCACCUGAUAGAAAAGCAGAUCAGUCCGGGCAAUUUCAGUACCCAAACCCGAACCAAGAGUGACAACCUGGGAAUCGUUAGGAUCUCCCGGCCUCCAAACCCUAAGCCCUUGCCUCUCAUCCGGGUGGUGGAAACCUGAGCUGCAAAUGAAUAUUGCUGCUUACGACCCUUAUUGGCCUAAAGAGAAAACCCACCUACCCUGUCGCAUCACAGACUUUUACUUCUUGACUGGUCCUUGGCUCCCCCCUGCCCCGGGCCUCAUGUUUGUAUGCCUAAUUCUCGAGCUCCUUUCUUCUGUCUGCCCAGCAUACAGAGGAGGGGGAGGGCCUUCCUCUGGAGACCUGGAGCCCUUUGAAGGAAGCUACCGACAGAAGCCCCUCUUUGCUGAGGCCAGGGCAAGGGUGGAGCCAGUGCUGACACCCAUAAUACCAUGAUUGUUGCUGAUCUUCAUUAAAGAGGAGAUUUUUCCUCUGAAAGUGGGUGUUGAGCUGCCCUGGCAAGGGUUACCCAGCAGGACCGGGAUGGGGUGCCCUGACUCAACGUCUGCCCUGACACAUGGAGAAACAAAUAUCCGCUUGGCCUGGCUGUCAUCCUGAGGGACAGAACCUCUUUCUUCCAGUGUUGCUCGGCUCCUAGCAACGGUCCCCCACAAACACUUAGUCCUCUUCCCAAGAUGGCAGGAUGCCUACCCAGCUUGGGGGCUGCCUGGCUUCAGUGAGGAUGAAUCUCACCUUUGGUUAAGUCCAUUUUCCUGGGGAGGAGGGUGAGACAAAAACCCCCAUUCAAAGAAUGGAUUUGUAGCAGGAAGGGGUCCCUAGGGACACUGACAGCCAUGCCUUAGUCCUUGCUGCUUUUGUCUUCUCCCACAAUUCCCAGAAACCCUUGGAGUGUUCUUGUUUGUUUUUCUUUCUUUUUUUUUUUCCCCAUUUAAACUUAGCCCAAGAAACACCGCAGUCUUCCUGGUCCCAGUGCCUGGAGGAAGGCUUUUCCACCAGAUUGCAUCAGUCCCAGAGAAGUAGCCAUGCCUCCCCCAAUAUUUAUUUUGCUAAGUUAUUGGUGUCUUUGGUUAUGUCUUGUGGUUGUUUUAAUACCAAAGUUUUGGAACCUACCUAUAGAGUUGCUUGAAACUGGGAAAAGCUUUUUGUGUGUCUUUCAUCUUUCUCCUAUCCCUGUGUCUUCCUCUCCCCUUUCCCCAUGCCUAAUUUGUGGACCAGGUAGGGAAUUGUAUGUGUGUUUAUGUAUUCAGGCUACAGGUGGGGGGGGGAAGUGGAUGGGAAAGGAAAUGUAUAUUGAUUGUACAGAAAAUUCAUGAAUAGGACCCUUUGGGAAAGGACUUGGUUCUUCCUUGAAUCUCCCCCUCCCUGUCCUUUUGGGUAUACUGCCUCUGAAUGAUCACAUCUCCUCUUGGUCCCUGACUUGUACCCUCAGGUGAUGGAGAUAAAAUGUCAGAGGACUAGCAUAGUCCUGUAGAAAAAUAUUAACAAAAAGCAAAGCUCUUAUUAAGUUACUUAGCUCUUCCUGGCUCAAAAGUAGAAGGCUUAAGUUUAUCUGUGUCUGUGUAGAGGAAGCCUGGGUACUAGGCCUAGUCCUGCCCAGAACUUGCUCUGCCACUGCGGGCAAGUCCUUCCAUGCUCCAGUUAACUCAUCUGUGAAGUGAAGGGCCUGAACUAACCUAUUUCCAAAGUCCCUCCUAACUCUAAAAGGUGUUUCUGGCCUAUAUUCUUUAUAUGGUGAAUCGAAUAAAUUAUAUUGAUGCGCCUCUCA